AUGCGAGAACAUGAAAGGCAAACACUUGAUGGCUCUUUCGCUGCUGCACCCUCUCAUGCCUCAGCAACGCCACUCACAAACGCUCCUAUUCUUUCGACUCCAGAAUUCGAUUAUCAGAGACAUGAAGGCCAUUCGCAACAGUCAGAGACACGCAGUACCAAGGCCUACAGAACCCGGAAAGAGGAUAUUUGGCAGAUUUACGAAAUCAGACGAACUAUCCGGGAAAUUCGUGCAGGAGGCUGGAAAAGGGUUGCGUUACAAUUCCCCGAUGACAUGCUGAGAGACGCCGAGGCAGUUGUGAGUGCGUUAAAUGCAGCAUUUGGGGAUUCGAAAUACGACUUUGGAGAAGAUGGUGAUGAAAAGGGAUUCAACACGAAUAGCUUUGCUUCUGCGGGCUUAAGAUGCGAGAGCUUCGAAAGCAAAAAAGCCUGUCUAGACCUAAAGAUGAAGAAAGUGGAGGUCACUCCUGACUCUGAUCACGCCACAUUUAGCAGCAACAACAGCUGCUGUAAUACUGAUUCUGAUCCUAAUGCAAAAAAUACUAGUUGCAAUGGAAAGAUUGAGGUUUCAACAGAUAUAAGGGUUUGCAAUGAAACCUCAACACCUCUCUUCACUGAGCUCAGAGACGGCGGUCUUGAAGUCGAAGUUAUACUAAAAAGUGUUGCACAUGCCACUGACAAUGUUAGCAAGACUGAAAACACACUCAAGCCCAUAUUUAAGGAUCUGGGCGACGGAGGAUUAGAGACAGAUAUCACAACUCAACCCUUGUCAUCUGGCACAAAAAACACGUCAUAUGAACCUGUUCGUCUCUACAUCUUAGCGGACACUUCGUACGGCUCUUGUUGUGUAGACGAAAUAGCCGCCCAGCACGUCAAUGCAGAUGCUAUAGUCCACUAUGGCAGCUCAUGCUUAUCUCCAACUUCACGCCUACCCGUCAUUUACGUCUUCACCACACCCCCAUUAGAUCUAACCACUGUCAUUCAGAGUUUUGAGGAAAUUUUCUACAAGGAAUCUAAGGUGAUACUGAUGGCAGACGUCAUAUACCAUUCCUACCUUGGGGCUAUAUCGGAAAGACUAAAAGAAAAUGGAUACUUGGAUAUCAUUGCACCUAAGCUGGUGCGAAAUCCGUCUUCACGCAUACCUAAUCGAGAAAUUGGCGAGGAGCUAGAGCUUGGAGAGUAUUCAAUAUUUCAUAUUGCUGAGCCCUCUCCAGCACUUUUAUUGACGCUAAGUUGUCGAGUGAAGGAAAUGUUUGUUUAUUCCAUACCAGUGGCAACCACUACUUCACCUGCCCCAUUAUCGCUAGCAAUUAAAGCUUCUACAGACAGUCUCAUUCGCCGACGAUACGCAGUCGUCAAUUCCCUCAAUACCUGUUCCACAUUUGGCAUACUAAUUAAUACUCUAUCCGUUGCAAAUCAUCUAGAGGCUCUUAACUCUAUCCAGGCUCUUAUCCAAUCGGCUGGAAAAAAAUACUAUACUUUUGUCGUAGGUAAAGUUAAUGCUGCUAAGAUGGCAAAUUUUAGUGAAGUCGGUGGAUGGGUGGCAAUCGGCUGCUGGGAGAGCAGUUUGCUGACGGGCGAAGAUUUCUAUCGGCCAGUAAUUACACCGUGGGAGCUAGAUUGGGUGUUGAAAAGCGAUAAAGUGCGGAUCUGGAAGCAGGAAUGGAGGGGAGAUUUUCAUGGACUUGGAGAGUCAAUUGAAAGCUCUCAUGCCAGUAGUGACGCUUACGCUGAGUUACCACUCAAAAACACUCCGGAACAUAUGCAUACAGCAACAUUAGUCGGAGACUCUGACUCAGAACCUGAAUCGGAGCCACCAGAAUUUGAUCUUCGUACCGGCCGUUAUAUCUCACAUUCUCGACCGCUACAGUCAGCUAUGCCUCGGUAUCACCAGCCAGACGCGAAUAGUGUUAAUAAGUUCUUGCCAUCUACGGCUCUCAGUGUCAGGGCUAGAGGUGACUUGGCUGUCAUAAACGGGACCGUCAGCCCUGGCGCCGAAUUUCUGCGAAGCAAGCGAACGUGGACUGGCUUAGGAAGUGAUUUUCAGAGUAACGAUCCUGCUGGCACCGAAAUUGAGAUUGGUCGUAUGGGGACGGCGAGGGGAUACGUUACAACCGAAGGGUCAGAAAAGAGGUAG